AUGACGGACUGUGAGGAGGGAGAGGGGGGACCCAACAGCCAGGGUGAUGGGAACCCCAAAGAGAGCAGUCCUUUCAUCAACAGCAGUGCAGCCAGCGACACAGACAAGAGCCAGCAGUAUGACGGCAAGAAUAUGGCUCUGUUUGAGGAGGAGAUGGAUACCAGUCCAAUGGUCUCCUCUCUGCUCAGCAGUCUGGCCAACUACUCCAACCUGCCGACGGGCAGCAAAGAGCACGAAGAGGCCGAGAAUAACGAGGAGGGGGCUCGCCCAUCUAAGAAACCUGUCAAGGCUCCACAGCUGGGCACUCUGAUGGGUGUGUACUUACCAUGUAUCCAGAACAUUUUUGGUGUGAUCCUCUUCCUGCGGAUGACGUGGAUGGUCGGGAUUGGAGGCGUUUUAGGCUCCUUUGUAAUUGUCUUCAUGUGUUGCUCCACAACGAUGCUCACAGCCAUCUCCAUGAGUGCCAUCGCAACAAAUGGAGUCGUACCAGCUGGAGGUUCAUAUUACAUGAUCUCUCGCUCUCUGGGGCCUGAGUUUGGUGGAGCUGUUGGGAUCUGCUUCUACUUAGGUACCACUUUUGCAGGUGCCAUGUACAUUCUUGGCUGUAUUGAAAUUCUGCUGAUUUAUAUUGUUCCUCAGGCAGCCAUCUUUAAGAUUGAGGGUCUUGAGGGGCAGGAGGCAGAGGCUGCUCUCCUCAACAACAUGCGGGUGUACGGCACCAUUGUGCUGAGCUUCAUGGCUCUGGUGGUGUUUGUGGGGGUCAAAUAUGUCAACAAGCUGGCGCUGGUCUUCCUGGCCUGUGUCAUCCUCUCCAUCGUGGCUGUCUAUGGUGGAGUUAUCAAGACCGCCAUUGACCCUCCUGUAUUCCCCGUCUGCCUCCUGGGAAAUCGAACUCUCACUUCGAAAGGAUAUGACGUCUGUGCAAAGGUCAUCGAAAUAGACAAUGAAACUGUCACCACCAAACUGUGGAUGUCCUUCUGUGAUUCUGAGAAUCUCAAUGCCACUUGUGACGAAUACUUUACCAACAACAAUGUUAAAGAAAUACAGGGUAUCCCAGGGGUCACUAGUGGCAUCCUGGCGGAGAACCUGUUUGGCAACUACCUGGAAAAAGGGAUGUUCCUGGAGAAGCGUGGGCUUGCAUCAGAAGCAGAUCCAGACAGUCCCGCAACCGGCUCCAACCGCUAUGUCCUGGCUGACAUCACCAGCUUCUUCACCCUGCUUGUAGGGAUAUACUUCCCAUCUGUCACAGGUAUCAUGGCAGGCUCCAACCGCUCUGGAGACUUGCGUGAUGCUCAGAAGUCAAUCCCCAUCGGCACGAUUGCAGCCAUCACCACCACAUCUAUUGUGUACAUGUCCUGUGUGGUGCUGUUUGGUGCCUGUAUAGAAGGAGUAGUCCUAAGGGACAAGUUUGGGGAAGGAGUCAAUGGCAACCUGGUGAUUGGGACUCUGGCAUGGCCGUCUCCAUGGGUCAUUGUGUUUGGCUCCUUCUUUUCCACUUGCGGAGCGGGACUCCAGAGUCUGACUGGAGCUCCACGUCUCCUACAGGCCAUCUCUCGAGACGGCAUCAUCCCAUUUCUUAGAGUGUUUGGGCACGGCAAGGCCAACGGAGAGCCCACCUGGGCCCUUCUGCUCACAGCUAGCAUCUGUGAGAUUGGCAUAAUCAUUGCCUCACUGGAUGCAGUUGCACCCAUCCUCUCUAUGUUCUUCUUGAUGUGCUACAUGUUUGUCAAUCUUGCCUGUGCCCUGCAGACUUUACUGAGGACGCCAAACUGGAGGCCGCGCUUUAAGUUCUACCACUGGGCUCUGUCUUUCUUGGGAAUGAGCCUGUGCCUGUCGCUCAUGUUCAUCUGUUCCUGGUAUUAUGCCAUAGUCGCCAUGGGUAUCGCCACCUGCAUCUACAAAUACAUUGAGUUCUGCGGAGCGGAGAAGGAGUGGGGUGACGGGAUACGUGGCAUUUCUCUCAGUGCAGCACGCUUUGCUCUCAUGAGGCUGGAGGAGGGACCACCACACACCAAGAACUGGAGGCCUCAGAUCCUGGUUCUGGUGAGCGUGGAUGCUGAGCAGAACGUAGAGCAGCCUCGUCUGCUCUCCCUGGCCAAUCAGCUGAAAGCAGGGAAAGGUCUGACCAUCGUUGGCACCUCAGUUCAAGGAACCUUCCUCGACAACUACACUGAGGCCCAGAGAGCAGAUCAGUUGUUGCGUAAAUUAAUGGAGACAGAGAAGGUGAAGGGCUUCUCUCAGGUGGUCAUCUCCUCCAAUCUAAGAGAUGGGACGUCCCACCUGAUCCAGGUUGGAGGACUGGGAGGUCUGAAGCACAACACUGUGUUGGUCAGCUGGCCCCGAAACUGGAAACAGCCUGAGUACCACCAGCAAUUCAGGAACUUUAUUGAGGUGGUAAGAGAGACAACUGUAGCUAGUCUGGCCUUGUUGGUUCCUAAAAAUAUCUCCAGCUACCCGUCCAAUGGAGAGCGCUUCACUGAAGGCUACAUAGAUGUGUGGUGGAUUGUCCACGAUGGAGGCAUGUUGAUGCUCCUGCCCUUCCUGCUGCGCCAGCAUAAGGUGUGGAGGAAGUGCAAGAUGCGCAUUUUCACUGUAGCUCAGAUGGAUGACAAUAGUAUCCAGAUGAAGAAAGACCUCAUCACCUUCCUCUAUCACUUGCGCAUCGAUGCUGUGGUGGAAGUGGUGGAGAUGCUUGACAAUGAUAUCUCAGCCUACACCUAUGAGAAGACACUGGUAAUGGAGCAACGAUCACAGAUCCUCAAACAGAUGCAUCUGACCAAAAAUGAGAAGGAAAGAGAGAUUCAAAGCAUUACAGAUUCAUCCCGAGGGUCCAUUCGGCGCAAAAACCCGUCUGCCUUGUGUUCACAUCACAGCACUGAUGAAGGAGCCAGCGUGGCAGAACAACCAGAAGAUGAGUCUGUGGCUGUCUCCAACCCAAAACAGGUUCAGCUGAUUCACAGUAAGAACGCCUCCACACCAACCAGCCCAACGUCUCCCACUGCGCCUGCAGGGGGCGCUGCAAUCUGGACUGACAACAAGGGUGCAGACAAGGGGAAGACCGUUUUAGCAGCCAACCCGGAGGCGGGCAAAGACCUCUUCAACAUGAAGCCGGAAUGGGAGAACUUGAGCCAGGUUGACGUGAGGCGCAUGCACACAGCGAUGCGGCUUAAUGAGGUCAUCACGAAGAAGUCCAAGGAAGCGAAACUUGUCCUGCUCAACAUGCCUGGACCACCCAAGAACCGUAACAACAGGACUAACCCCAUGGACAAUACAGUGUACAGGUACUACCCUGUUUUUACAGACAUACAGUUCAUGAUAUUCAUUGGCUUCGGGUGCCUGCUGGCAUUUUUUCGUUUCUAUGGCUUUGGGGGGAUGGUUUUUAACUUCCUCACAGCUACUUUUGCCAUUCAGUGGGCCAUUCUGGUGCAGGGAUACUUCCAGUUCAGCCAUGAGGGUAAGAUCCACCUCGGAUUGAUCAACCUCAUAUAUGCAGAGUUUGCCUGUGCUGUGGUUCUGAUAUCUUUCGGGGCAGUGCUGGGGAAGACAAGCCCGUUGCAGUUGCUGGUUAUGGCUCUGCUGGAAGUGCCAGUGUUUGUAGUCACAGAAUGGUUUGUGCUCAAGUAUCUGAAGAUCAACGAUGCAGGAGGCUCCAUUCUUAUUCACUUGUUUGCCUGUUAUUUUGGCUUGGGUGUCACUUUUGUACUGUACAGGCCUUGUCUAAAUGAAGGCCAUGCAAAGGAGACCACCAGCUACCACUCUGACAUCCUGUCAGUGAUGGGGACCUUGUUCCUCUGGGUGUUUUGGCCCUCUUUCAACUCAGCAUUGACCCUGAACGGAGACGACCAGCAUAGAGCCAUCCUCCACACCUUUCUCGGUCUCAGUGCCUCCACGCUCACAGCCUUUGCUCUCUCUGUCAUGCUGAACAAAAAUGGUAAGAUCACUAUGGCCGAUGUCCAGAAUGUGACCCUGGCUGGAGGCGUGACAGUCGGGGCAUCUGUGGAUAUGAUGAUAUCGCCUGCAGCUGCAUACGCUCUGGGUGUAAUAGGAUGCACUGCAUGCAUGCUGGGCUACAAGUACUUGAGCCCCUUCCUGGCACGGCGUUUUAGGAUCCAGGAUCAGUGUGGAAUACAUAAUUUGCACGGUCUAACAGGACUUAUAUCCUGUGCCGCAGGGAUAUGUGCUAUACUGAUGGCUAAUGAGGAGAUUUAUGGCCCCAGUUUGUAUGAGAUCUUUACGCACAGAGCACCAGUGGAGGGAGACCCUAAGCUGCAAGAGCUCCAGAUGUUGAUUCCCGGUUUACAGCCGGGGUUGGGGAGGACUGCCCGGGAACAAGCUCUCUUCCAGGUUGCAGCGGUUUUCUCCACCAUAGGAGUGUCAGCGCUGGGAGGCAUCCUCACAGGCUUCGUCUUGAAGCUGCCGUACCUUGCACCACCAUCUGAUGAUUUCUGUUUUGACGAUGAGCUGUUUUUUGAUGUUCCUCCGGACUAUGAUUCACCACUUAAAUUCAAUAAUACAAUUACAUCAGAGGAUUCUGCUGCUUGA